GUUCAUGCUGGUUAGCACGAGUUCUGUCUAAUAUAAUAUUGUAGUUUGAAGGUGAAGCGAACUGGCCCCUAUGGAACGAAAAGAAUGUCGCAAAAUAUAACUGACGCACAAGAACUAAUUGAUUGGUCAAAGAGAAAACUACAAUUUCAGAAAAUUAUAUAAGCAGCUGCAUGGGCUAACUAGUUGUGCGAAGUCAUAGAAGACACUACAAUACAAUACACCCAUCAUUCAAUAUGAUAAUAGCCUUGUGUAUCAGUCUGAUUCCAGUCAUUUUGACAACCACUGUCCAAGCUGAGGUAAGUGGAUCAGACGUCACCAAAUCAUAUCUCCAUGACUGUGCUACUGUUGAGGUGGAUAAGAGCAAGAUUUCUACCCAUGAAUACAAGCUUGUAUUGGAGUUGGUCGGACAAACGAAAAUCGAGGCGACGAACAACUCAAACUCCGUGAAAUUGUGUAACAUCCCUAUGUGUCAAGAAGUGACGCUUCGAUUUACAAUGUCUAGUAGAGCGAAGAGCAGUGACGAAUUCCAACAGAUAUAUACUGAGGAUAUCCUGAAGACAUUGGACGUUCCGAAAAUCACAGACGUACACACAGAAGCUCCCCUAGGCUCAAGUGUCGUCUUACGUUGGACACUUCAAAACUACAACGAAUGCAGGGACAAGGAGUUGGUGUUCUUCCUAUUCGGGGAUAAGACAAUCAUGCAACUAGCUAAGGGACAAGAGAUUAGAAUUCCAUACUUAACCAAUGGCCAGAAGUACAGUGUAUACGCAUUUCCAAAUCGUGUGGACAAGGAAGUACGCGUUUUUACAACUCCGAAAUUUGAUUUGCUUGCGCAAUAUUAAAUAUCCGAGUGCGAAACGUCUUAAUUAUUCGUCUGGAUAACAUAGUGAUCGUUGGCAAUCGAUACAAAUCGCUAUGCACAAUUAUUAAUUCCUCUGCACCACCCUAGUAUCACUAGUAAUAAUUUAUCCUUUCCCAAAACUGUUAACUUAAUUCUACUUGAUUUUACAUGCACUACUAUUACAUUUGUAAUUUCGUGUGUUCUCUAAAAUACACUUCCAAAUAUAUAUUUGUUACACCAGGUCUUCAUAAUCUUCC